AUGGAAUCAAAGACCAUCGCCACCACUGUGAGAGAAUUUGUCCUGUUGGGCCUGACAGAGUCGAAGCUGCAGUAUUGUCUCUGUGUGAUCUUCUUUCUCAUCUGUGUAAUAACCUGGCUACUGAACUUCACCAUCAUUGCCACUGUGGCUGUGGAUCAGCAGCUCCACACCCCCAUGUACUUUCUCCUGGCCAGUCUGGCUGUCCUUGACAUCAAUGAUUCUUUGGUCAAUACUCCCAAACUGCUGUCAGGCCUCCUCACCCAGCACACAACCAUCUCAUUCAAUGAGUGUUUCCUCCGGAUGUUCUUCUUCCAUUUCAUUGGUGCAAUGUCUUUUUUGCUCGUAGGGAUGCCAGUUGAUUGGUACAUGGCCAUGUGUGAGCCACUGCACUACUUGUCCAUCAUGAUCUGGAACACCUGCACAGGAUUGGUGGCAGCUGCAAGGUUUGGUGGAUUUCUUCAUUCUUUUAUACAAACUGGUUUUAUUCUGCAGCUGCUAUUCUGUGGCCCAAAUGUACUGGACAACAGUACAUUUCUACUUUUCUUCUACUGUGACAUCCCUGAAAUCAUCAAACUGACCUGCACUGACACUUGCAUGGCUCAACUAGAGAUGGAUAGUGGAGGGAUCCUCAUCACCCUUUCUGUAAUAUUGAUUAUUUCUUACAUUAUCAUCUUGCUUAAGAUGAGGUUGUGCAUCAUUGCAGGGAAGCAAAAAGCUCUGUCUAGCAGUGGAACACAGAUAACUGUGAGCUUGAUAUUCGUCCCCUGCAUCUUCACCUGUGCCCAGCCUUAUAAGAAAUACCCUAGGGACAAGGUGUUCUCCACUGUUUACACUGUGGUCACUCCAAUGCUAAACCCCAUGAUCUACACACUGAGAAACACUGAGAUGAAAAAGGCCAUCAGGAGAGCACUGGGGAAAAUAUUUCUGUCUGCAGGAUUACAGAAACCAGACCAGACAGUAGAUCUAAAGACAUAAAAUCUGGUGUUUCCAUGA